GCACAGCACAGACUGUGUCAAUGUCGUCUGUUAAAGUCAUCCAGCCCACAAAAUGAAACAGAGAUGGGUAAUUUUAAUCAUUGCCAUAGGAUUUAUACUAUCAACUUUGGUGGUUGCCUUAAUAAUUCACAUAAGCUUUUUCAAAAGUAUCUGCCCCGACACCGUUUGCCAAACUCCCGAGUGCAUCGAAAUCGCCGCCGAAAUACUAAAUCACUUAGAUACAGCUGUCAACCCCUGUGAUAACUUUUAUAAAUUUGCGUGCGGCGGUUUUAUCAAAAGUGUUGAAAUUUCGGACGAUUCCAGCGAAGUUAGUGCGUCUACUUUGGUGAAUGACGUGAUUAAAUCGCGAAUUAAGGAUCUUUUAGACGAAAGCAUAGAUGCCACAGUUAACCAUCCAUUCACUUUGGCAAAAAGUUACUAUCAAGUCUGCAUGGAUACUGAUUCCGUAGAGCAGCUAGAAGUGAGUUCGUUACACGAUCUCCUAGCAAAAAUAGGUGGAUGGCCACUUUUGGAGAAUGCUUCAUGGAGUGGAAAAGGGCUCGAUUGGUUUUACUACGUCUACAAACUACACCAAAUGGGCGUUCGAACCGACUACAUUUUAAAAUUAAGAGUUAAUCACGAUAUCAAAAAUACCACUUUUCAUAUCUUAGAGUUGGAUCAACCAGCACUAGACAUGCCUCAAAAUUAUUUCACAGAUACCGAAGAUCACGAGAAUGCCUUGGAGGAAUAUCGGAAGUAUAUGACUAAUGUGGCUUUGUAUUUAGGCGCGGAAGAUUAUCAAGCUAUAACCCAACUAGAAGAUGUUCUUCAGUUUGAAAUACGAUUAGCAAAUAUUUUAGAGGAAAGGGUUGGUUACGCAAAUAUCACAAAGUUUUACAAUAUUAUGACUGUGCAGGAUUUGGAAACGGAGCACGCCACCAUUCCUUGGCUGGAGUAUAUUAAUAACAUUAUCGCACCGGAUGCCGAGGUCACAUCUCACGAGAGAAUCUUGGUGUUAACACCCAACUACAUUCGAAAUUUGGAAUCUCUCUUGCAAAGCACUUCGAAGAGAGCCCAAAUUAAUUACAUCGCAUGGAAAGCAAUAGACUCCCUGAUUCCAUAUCUACACCACGAUUUACGCGUAUUACAAUUGGAGUUUAAAAAAGCCAUCUACGGCAUAACAAAUGAAAAACCACGAUGGAAAGAGUGCGUCGAUGAAGUUUACAAAAGGUUUCCAAUCGUGAUAAGCGUGCAGUAUGUAAACUUAUUCCCCGUAGACGAUAUAGAAGAGCCCAUCUCACAGAUGUUGCGGAACAUCAAAAUGGAAUACAUGGGAACUAUUGAAACUAGUGAAAUGCUAAAUGGACACGUGAAGACAGUCUCCCUUCACAAGCUCGACAAAAUGAACGACAUAAUUGGAUACUCACCUGAAAUAUUGAACGAUAAGAAAUUGGAGGAUCUGUACAGUGAGGUGCAAAUACUACCAAAUCAAUAUCUCCAAUCUUUUCUUCAUCUGAACUUGUUGAGGGAAAGAUUUCAAUAUAAAAAUUUGCGCGUGUUGAAAACGAGAACGGCUUGGUUGGAAGAAAGUCUUGGCGUGCAGGAUGGGAUAUAUCACAAUACGUUUAUUAACACGCUGACCAUAUCCCCAGGGGUGACGGAAAAGAAUUAUUACAACAAGCGGCAUCCGAACUAUCUAAACUACGGAGGUCUGGGUUUUGAAAUAAGUCGCGAAAUAGCGCGCGCUCUUUUUGAAGUGGGGCAGCACUUUGACGAUAAGGGAGAGUUUGUGAAAUCUCGCAAGAAGGAUUCCGAAGAGGAAAUUGAGGAUAAAACAAGUUGUAUAAUGGAACAGUAUGGGAGUUACACCAUUGAAGAUUUGGGAAACAAAACGAUCAAUAGCUUACUAACGCUGGAAAAUAACAUCGCCGACAACUUUGGUGUAAAGCACACGUACGACGCGUACGUGGAAUGGGCGCGCAAAAAUGGAAACGAAAAAAAUCUCCCGGGCUUAAAAUACACCCCCGUUCAACUGUUUUGGAUAUCGUUCGCUCUGAAUCGUUGCUCAAAGAUGACAACCGAAGGUCUUGAUGUGUCAGUCAGUGUUAAUAGGUUUGCGCCUGCUGAAUUUCGAGUUAUUGGAGCAAUCUCCAAUGUGGAAGACUUUUCCAAGGAUUUCGAAUGUGUUCCCGAUUCCGAUAUGAACCCGUCAGACAAAUGUAACUUGUGAUGAUUACAUAGUAUCAAAAUUAUCUUAUAUUAAUGUACUUAUUUAUAAUUUAUGCCUGUGAAAAAUCAAAAAUUCAUAUUAGGAACGUUGAUCAUGCACAAAUACGGACUUAGGAGAAGAGGAGAAGUACAGUAUGUCUACUUACUCAAAUUUUCAGCAAAAUAUUACUUAAGGCCGCUUGACAUGGAGCAAUACAACGCGCAAGAACUUGCAGAAAGAAAUUGCAAAGUCAAAUCCUUGCAUGCAAUAAGCAUUGCAUGGUAUUUGACAUGGUGCAAUUCUAGUUCAAUUGCCACAUGUCCGCCAACAGAAGAAAGAUAUGGACUUGUCAACUAGUCAAACCUCAAAUAAAAAUUAAAUUUUGAUUGCUUGAAGAAACAUUGAAAA